AUGGCACCCAACUUCUGCUCCGACUGUGGAAACAUUCUCUCCCUCUCCGUCGAGCCAGAAAUCCUUUGUCGGUGCUGUGGUGCUAGAAACUCCAAUACAAAUUGCUUUGCGACCACGCUCACCACCACUCAAAAUUUUCCAUCCCGACUUCGAGAAAUACUCACAUCACAGACUCAGGAGCUUACGGCGAAAGACUUUGAAAGCACGCGCAUUAUUGAACGAGAGUGUCCAGAGUGCCAGGCUAAGGUAAUGACGUGGUCUGAGGCGCAGCUUCGUAGUGCAGAUGAAGGGAGUACCAUCUUCUAUCGCUGUGUGUGUGGAUACAGAAGUAAAGAAGAUAAUUAA